AUGGCAAUUAACGAUGUUCCCGUCUGGUACUUUGAAAAUACUGAUUUGAUUCUAUUCAUCGCAAAACAAUCGAAGAAUAUCGUAACUCCAUUUAGGAUUACACCAUUGUGUGCGGAUUUCAAAUCAAUCAAGAAAACCAAUCUUUCAGUCUUUUGUUUGUGCAGAAGAAUCGAGCGAUUUCGUCACAAGCUACAUGAGUUGACCGAUUUGGAUAUUAUCACACGGAUGAAAAUGUUGUUUGCGCUCAGUGCUCCUGUCGACAAGAAUUUUCUGAAGGAGUUAAGUAAAGAAGCGGUCGUGGAAGUGGACGAGCAAAAUCGUAUAGUCUCGUUUGAGAGCAAAGAUCUCAAACUGAAAGGAACACAUUUUUCAAGCCUCAAUCGAGAUAAACUGAACAAAGAUAAACAAAUCCUACAUUUUCUUUUUGAAUUUUCAAAAACGAUUGAUUCACCAGUUUCCGGAUCAUCAUUCGUCAGAAGCUACGCGAAAGCGACAUCGAGCACCGCAACGACUUAUUUGAGAGAUCGAUAUGCAGCUCUUACUUCUCAAAUUCAUUCAUGCACUGCUUAUGAUGCAGCCUCCAAAGCUAAAAUGAUGUUUGUAUCGAGCACUGCGGUCAGUGAAGACUUUUUGAAGGAACUUCGUAAGGAUGCUAUUGUGGAGAUCGAUAAAGAAAACCGAAUCACGCAUUACGAAGCAAAUGAUGGAAACAUAAAAUUCAAAGGAUCUCAUCGGCGAUUAUGGCCGAAAAAAAGUUGUGCUACUGUGAAAACAAAUGUGCCGGCAGUUAUGAGAAACAUUGGACAUCCGGACGUGGCAAUUCAUUCUAAAAAGACAUCUCCCUCGGCUGUUCAAACUUUCGUCUCUAGUGCUAAUAUAAAUAUCACUGGGGGGAGGAAGCUUGUGAUUCAAGAUGCUCCUUCUAUAAACUUUAGUUCUACGAUGAAUGUCCUAUUUCAUCGUAGAAUCAAAAGGGACGUUGUUGAAGAAGACCGACAUAAGGAUAACAGCAAGAACUCAAAAAGACGAAUACUCAAUGUAGAUGUCGAAAAAGAACAAAUCAAGAGAUGUAGAAAAUUGACUAAGCGUUCCGAAGAAAAUGUUCCAGAAACUGAUACCAAACACACUCCAGAUUUAUCUUCAUCCGUAUCAUAUGAACAUUUGCGCAGAGCAAUUUUCGAAAACGUCGAUGAAAUGCCAGAAACACAACGUACCAUAGCUACUAGACACAAAAUCAAGAAGGAUAAGAUAGAAGAAGUGAACGCUCUCGAGGUUCUCCGUGAUGUUGUGAACGCUUUGAACUCCCCGCGACUCGUAAAAGUUCAUAAGCUGAUUUUGAAGAGAGGGAGAAACCAGAGAAAUAUCGUGAAUCACACUAGCGAAGUAAACAUGGGUCUUCGAACAGCGUUCCUCGCAUUGAUCAAGAACGCAAAACCCUAUAAAAUAUCUGAAAAAUUCGUUAGUCUCCGUAAAGUGCUGGUUUUGCUUUGUUGCAAUCUCAUUAACAUGAACUGUCCGUCCUUGAGUGGUUUCCAAAAAGAAAUUACUACAACAAUCAGAGAUUUGAGAACUGUAGACAAAAGCAUAUCCUUCAAGACGCUCAGCAUGAUUCUCAAAACAGUCGUUCUCGCGCUGUCAUCUCGCGAAGACGAAGAUGAAUAA